AUGACGUGGAAAUCAAGGCUCUUUUCCCGGUCAGCAGCCAGUGGCCAUGGUGAUGGAGAGGUCAUCACGACGCACUCCGAUGAGGUGAAGGGAGAGGGGAAGCCUGAGUCUCAGGAGCGCGAGAUCGCGGCGAAGGACCUGGAGAAGGUCGCAAAGUCUCAUCAAUGGGACCCGAACCUCCCCAGUGAGCAGAUUGACGCUAUAGAGGAAGCAAGGCGGACUGGGGACGUUGAGAUUGUCACUCAAGUUGACAAGGCCUUUCUCGAGGACUCGCCAUACCCGGAAGUUCGCGCCGCCGUAAGAAACACAGAUGAAGGAGAGGUGGCCAACACCGUUCGCGCAUGGAUUUUGGGAUUGGUUUUUGUCACGGUGGGAAGCGGGCUGAACAUGUUCUUGAGCAUGCGGAGCCCAGCAAUUACUUUUCCUUCAAUUGUCGUCCAAUUACUGGUCUACCCCGUUGGAUGUCUCUGGGCGAAGGUUGUUCCACGAAGGGUUUUCAAUGUCUUCGGGCUUCGUUGGACAUUUAACACUGGUCCAUUUACAAUCAAGGAGCAUGCGGUGAUAACCAUCAUGUCAAACGUCGCUAUCGAUUAUGCAUAUAGCACCGAUGCCCUUCUCGCUCUUCAAGGAAAACCAUUCUUUAAUAUCAACCUGGGAUGGGGAUUUGCCUUGCUUUUCACCUUGAGUAGCCAGAUGAUAGGGAUGGCUCUCUCCGGGAUCUUCCGUCGUUUCCUUAUCUGGCCAGCAGCAAUGAUCUGGCCUGCUGUGUUUUCAAACACAUCCUUGUUCUACGCCCUUCACGAUAAAACUCGCUCGGAUCCAUCUAUGACCAAUGGCUGGCGAAUCUCACGGUAUCGCUGGUUCUUGUACCUUAUGAUGGCCGCAUUCGCAUAUUAUUGGCUUCCCGGAGUUCUAUGGCAAGGGCUUUCGGUAUUUUGUUUUGUAACAUGGAUCCGACCCAAGAGCCCCGUUAUCAACCAACUGUUCGGUGGAUUUACGGGAUUAUCAUUGAUCCCGCUGACAUUUGACUGGACAUACAUAUCGAGUUAUUUACAGAAUCCACUUUUGUCGCCUACGCACUCGCACCUUAACACUCUGAUAGGGCUUGGGCUCUUUGUCAUCAUAACCACUGUUGGAAUCUCUUAUUCUGGGGCUAUGUACUCGGAUUAUCUUCCAAUCAACACCUCUUCCACGUUCGACAAUACCCAGAAUUUCUAUAAUGUUUCAAGAAUUCUUGGACCAAACUUUUCAUUCGACAUUGAGAAGUACAAAUCGUACUCUCCGUUGUUUCUGGCGCCAACGUUUGCCCUAAAUUACGGGUUAUCAUUCGCUGCCCUCACCGCCGUUCUUGUCCAUAUCGCACUCUACCAUGGCAAGGAAAUUAUUUACCGUGCCAAAGCUGCAAGAAAUCAAGAGCCCGAUAUCCAUAUGAAAUUGAUGUCGAAAUACGAGGAAUGCCCCGAAUGGUGGUAUGCAGUCCUGUUAGCAGUUUCCGUCGCCUUGGGUUUGGCUACUUCCGAGGCGUAUUCUUCUCAGCUCCCGUGGUGGGCAUUUUUUGUUGCUACAAUCAUGGGGCUCGUCUUUGUUGUCCCUACAUGCAUGCUUUUGGCCAUUGCAAAUAUACCGCUUGCACUAAAUGUCCUCUCUCCUUUCAUCGGUGGGUUCAUGUUACCAGGAAAAGCUAUCGGCGUCAUGGUGUUCAAGGUCUAUGCCACUAACACACUUGGACGAGCGCAAACAUAUAGCCGAGAUUUGAAGCUGGGUCAUUAUAUGAAAGUCCCACCGAAGACAACAUUUACGUGCCAGGUCGGAGCCACUAUAUGGGCUGUCUUUGUCCAGAUAGCAGUUAUGAACUGGACUCUUGGUAACAUCGAGAAUGUUUGCACGCCCGACCAACCAGCUCAUUUUACCUGUCCCAACGGUAAAACAUUUUUCUCAUCGAGUAUAGUAUGGGGUGUUAUCGGACCACAGCGGAUGUUCGGCCCAGGUUCCAUAUACUCUUCCAUUCAAUGGUACUGGCUGAUUGGAGCGGCCCUCCCUGUUGUAUUUUAUGUUCUCAUUAGGCUCUUCCCUCGAUCCCCAGCAAGAUUCCUCAAUGCUCCAGUGAUGCUCGGCGCUAUGAACUGGCUGCCACCUGCUACUCCCCUGAGCUUCUCGUCUUGGGCUAUUGUUGGCUUGAUUUUCAACUACUGGAUUCGCCGCAAGUGGUCCGGUUGGUGGCAUCAGUACAAUUAUGUCACCGCCGCAGCACUCGACUCUGGCCUUGUGAUUGCCACGAUCGUAAUAUUUUUCGCAAUUACAUUCCCAGGAGUUAGCCUCCCGAACUGGUGGGGGAAUAAUAUCCCGUAUGAAACGAUUGAUUACACCUACGAAGCGGUGCGUAGGACAGUUUCGCCAGGUGAGACGUUCGGGCCAAGAGAGUGGUAAAGUGGUUCAUUGGUGCUUCUUUCCCCCCUGCUCAGAUGGCCAGCUAUGCCUUUUUCUUUUAACGCGGAUUUGCCUGUUUUGCGAACUUUUGAUGGCACUAUCUGCUUCUUAUCCUCUUGAUAUAAGAAUUAGCGAAUGAUGGAACCUCUAUACUCGUAUUAAAUCACAUUGCCAUCUCGAUGGCUAUCCACACGAUCAGG